CGCCGGGCGAGGGCCGCUGACGUCGGGCUCAGGGCCGUGGUGAGAGGGCGAGAGUCCGCGCCUUCGAGGGAGCCGUGCCCGCCUUGGCCCGCGCCCUGCGGAGCCCCACCGCACCCGAGGGGAUGGAGGGCUGCCGCCUCGGCCCCGGCAUGGCCCGCGAUCCCACUCUGGCCGGUCCUCGUUAGCUGCUCGGACUGUGCGUUUUAUCCACUACCGUCCUAGGCCUUGUCUCCUGAGUCAGUGGCGUCGUGGUUCGAAGGAAAUGGAAGAAAAGGAACGAUGUGACCGAUUCCGCUCAGUCCCCCUGCGUUGAGGCCUGGUUGGCAUUUGCAAAGAGGAAAAUACAGCAGGAAAAAUCGUGGUUUUUUUUGGAGGGGGGUGGGAGGGGAGGGUGGGGAAAGGGAAACAAGGUCUUACAUUUUAUGAUUUUUUAAAAAAUUCUGCACUUUGUCAGUGGUGGCAAAAUAAACCAAUCUAAAAGUUAUUUUUCUAUCGAGAAGAGAGAAGAGGUAUGGGUUUUUCCCCGUUUUGAUUCCAACCUUUUCUCCCAGUGACAAAGCAUAAAUUAUGGACACCAGAGAAUAAGGUGGACCUCAGGAAUUUUGGAAAGGCUGAGAAGCUUACAUUCUUCCUCAGGAGGGAAGAGUGGGGUGUUUUUAGCCCUCUCUGGAACCUAAAACGAAAAACAUGAGUUGCGUGCCAUGGAAAGGAGACAAGGCCAAAUCUGAAUCAUUGGAGCUGCCCCAGGCAGCACCCCCACAAAUCUACCAUGAGAAACAGCGCAGGGAGCUUUGUGCCCUCCAUGCCCUCAAUAACGUCUUCCAGGACAGCAAUGCCUUCACCCGGGAAACGCUUCAAGAGAUUUUCCAGAGGUUGUCUCCAAACACCAUGGUGACACCUCACAAGAAGAGCAUGCUGGGAAAUGGAAACUACGAUGUGAAUGUCAUCAUGGCAGCACUUCAAACCAAAGGCUACGAAGCUGUUUGGUGGGACAAGCGCAGGGAUGUCAGUGUCAUUGCUCUCACUAACGUCAUGGGCUUCAUCAUGAAUCUGCCCUCCAGCCUGUGCUGGGGUCCACUGAAGUUGCCUCUCAAAAGGCAGCACUGGAUCUGUGUUCGAGAGGUGGGAGGGGCCUACUAUAACCUCGACUCCAAACUCAAGAUGCCCGAGUGGAUUGCAGGCGAGAGCGAGCUCAGGAAAUUUCUAAAACAUCAUUUGCGAGGAAAGAACUGUGAACUCCUGCUGGUGGUACCAGAAGCAGUGGAGGCCCAUCAGAGUUGGAGGACUGAUGUGUAACAUGGUUCUGCCCAACCUUGCCCUUGCCUCAGCCCCUUCAGUCCUCUGUGAUGUGCUGUGGCCUCUGCUGUGGGUCUGCCCUUGCCACUUCCCCAAACAUCUCAUCGGGGCUUUCCCCUUCAGAUUUGACAGUGCAAUAGGACAGAUGCAUGGACUGUUACAAGAACCACCCAAUGUUUUGUUCCUGGGAAAGGAAGAUAGGAGCUCUGUACACUCUUAAGGCCAGCGAUCACAAACCCGUUUUAUUUGAGGAGAAAGCAAGGGGGAGGGGGGGGUCCUGGCUCAUUUCCACUUUCUAUGAGGACUUGACACAGGUUCUGCUGGAGUGUCACCGCUGCUCCAGACUCAUCUGGAGAUGCUGCCUCCACGUUCCCUCUUGUCACACCAGGGGGUCUGAAGACAGUAUACAUAAAGCCCAUGUGACUGGCUUGAAGGACCCAGAGCAUAAACGUCUCUCAGGAAACCAUCUCCAAAACCCUAGCAGUGGUACAUGCUGUUUUCUCUCACCCCCAGUUUUCACGGUGGCUUAUGGCCAGCCUGGGAGUUUUCUAAUGAAAAGUUCUCUCAUAUUCCAAGUCAUGUGGUUGAAUCCCACAACAUUCUAGUGUGACAGAGGUGAGAUGGAUACCUAAGAGGAUGUGGCUAAACCCUAACUGGGACAGGCCUGGGGUGGCUUGCUUUCUUCACUCCAGUUUUGUCUCUACCAUUUCACUACAUUGAUUUGAGAGGUUCUGGGGCAAAAGACAAGGUAAAGAGCAAUUUUCCCAGUUGACCCACUCUGGCAAAGUAAGAAAAAAAUAAGUCUGCCUUUGACAUGAAACUUCACUAGUUUGGGACAGAGUUGGGUAAGGAAAGUAUUGUGAAGAUAAGCUUCUCAGAGCUUAAGAGCAGCCAGGGUGAACCGACAUCCUAGGCUCAGAGUCCAAGUCACUACAUUGACAAGCAGAGCCCUCAAAUUGGGUGGUUGUGUGCAUUGUCUUAGGACCUGGGUUUGUCAUCUUCAUGUAGUUUCCUUUACAAAUCAGCUGAGGAUUGACCCACCCCCUACCUCUUGAAAUAGUUGUAGGCCACUUUUCUCCUGUAACUUUAGAAAAUAAGAGGGGAAAUAAAUAUACCACACACGUGUCCCCAACGUGGUUGUGGUUGCCUCAAGGCAGGUGGGCAGGCAGGGAUGACCCACUAGCCCUUAAAGAUCAGUGGUCUUGGCAGGUCUGAGAGCUGCUCCACUGGCCAGACAUCUCUCCAGCAGCAAAGCCGGCCUGGGGCUUGCAUGCCGAUCCUGAGCAAGCUUAUCGGGGUGAAGCUGAGGCUUUCUCCCCACUGUGACUGGAGUGCAUGUUUACACCAGCACUUUUCUGCACAUGUAUCUUCAAUCCAACAAGGCCAUUUUUUACGCUGAGUAACAGAAGCCACCGAGCGGCUACUGCAUUAUUCCCUCUCAGCAACUGGCCGCAGUCUCUUCUGCACCAUUUUCUACACCAGACCUGCUUGGCACCACAGGGAGCUCUUUACUCCUGCACAGUGACAUUCCAACCACCACCAGCCAGAAGUUACAGCCAACAUGGCUGAUUGGCACAGUAGGACCUUGGGUCCAUUGGCACUGUCUGGUAGCAAGCCAUUUCCUGGGAAGGGGAGGAAACUCCUCUCCACAUACCUGCUUGGGCCUGUGCAAAUGGCACUUCGAAAGGAGUCCCCAUGCACUUGGAGUCCAUGAGCCAAUGGGAUAUGCAAAGACGCUGAAACAUUUCAGGGCUGGUUUCUCUAUUCAUAUCCAAUUCUGGUGCUUAGGAGCAGGGACCCAUGCUGACGCCCAAGGGCAGAAGGCCCCACUUCCUUUAGGAAGGGAGCGCGCCUGACCCUGAUGCCCAGGAAGGGGCAACCCUAGGCUUUUUGUUUUUCUUGCUUUUAUUCCCUUUUUUUGUUGGCCUUGUGCUGGGUUUGUUUACAAAAGAUGUAUUUUGUUUAACCAAAUAUUAAAAAUGGAAAACUCC